GUGGCUAGAUUAAUAAUGGAGUCUGAUCUAAAGAGAUGGUUAGCUGAAGGAUUAUCCAGUCAACUGCAGCUGCCAGUUGAUAAAGGAGUAGUAGAGUAUCUAGUUGCUAUAGAUACUAAGGCUGAAGUAGAAGACUACCUGGAGGGUCUUUUAGGUAAAAAGUCUGAUCAGGAUUUUAUACGAGAGUUUCUGCUCCGCUGGACAGCCAUAGUGGAGGAGAGACGUCACCAUGGCAAUGUGGAAAUGAUAGUAGCACACUCUCGACAGGAAAAAGAAGAACUUCUUCUUUUUGAACCAAAGAAGACAACAAAGAAAUCUAAAAAGGAUGUUAAAGAAGCUCCUAAAGCCACAGCCCCUUCCCCUGGAUUUGGUAUACACCCACCACAGAAUACCUCUACUCAUAAAAGAAGUGAAAUGGUUUAAAAGGAGGGAGGGGCUUCAAAGACUAAGUUUGUUCCAUUGCUAAGUGCAGAGGGUGAGUCCCAGUUGAGUAUAAAGUUCCCCGGGAGGUUCUUAUGUCAGUGUCUGGGACAGAAACACGAACUGGUUAAUAAUUGCUUGGAAUGUGGAAGAAUAGUUUGAUAUUCUUAUUUCUUUAUUGGGUUGUGUUGAGAUGAAAGGUUUGUAUUAUACUGUUGCCCUGUAUUUUACUAUUGAUUUAAAUUUUUCUCUUCUCUAAUGAAUAUUGUAUACUUAUAUUCCAUUUAUUAUGUAAAUUUAUUAUCCAAAUUGUACCUCUCCCAAAAAAAAUAAGCAUAGAAACACAAUACUAAAAUUUAUCUUAUAUAAUUUAGCUAAAA